CUCAGAAUCAGAAGUUAGGUCACUGGUUUAUCCAGCGCAGUUAAUCCAUUUCUAACUAAUAAAGAGUCCUACCACUUGAAAAGAUCUAUGCACGCAACGCAAAUAUACAGUAAGCUAACAGUCAUCUUGAUCCAGGAAAGAGAAAAGUGCACUACCUUUUUUCUGACGGGAAAGAAAUGGUAGAAGAGUAUGAUGUGAAAACUGACGACCUUACUGUACGAAAAUGGCGAAAGAAGAGUACUUUGGGAGCACAGGGCCCAUGGGAGGUGGAAGUAGGUGACACAUCUCCAGUGCUCACUUCAGAACCACAUGUGAUAAUGGAGAGCAGUUCAAAUCCUGUGUUGAUGCGUAAAGACACAAAGACAAGUUUUCAGUGGAGAGUCCGCAACCUUCCCUACCCCAAAGAGGUGUACAGCAUUUCUGUUGAACCAGAGGAACGGUGUUGCGUCAUCAGGACAACAAACAAAAAGUAUUAUAAGAAGUUCUCCAUCCCGGAUCUGGACCGCUGUCGGCUGCCGCUGGAGAGUUCCGCCCUCUCGUUCAGCCACGCCAACAGCACUUUAAUCGUCAGCUACCAGAAACCCCGGGAGAUUGUGUCCCUGGAGCAGGAUCUGCUGCGGGAGCUGAAGAAGAUCAAGGCGACCAGCGAGGGGGACACAGACUGCAGAACCCAGUGACCCAUCUGACGCGUGGGCACACGUUCUGUGAUUAUGUGAUAUGAAGACAUGCAGUCUUUCACCAGCGCUGCAUACCUGGAGCUUAUCUUCACCGUAGGCUUGUUUGUUUGUGUUGUUUCUCCCCCCCCCCCCCCCUUUUUGAAGGUUACUGUGUUCAAAAGAUCCAAGACCCUUUAAAUAAGUUAGACUUUUUGUUUGAAAAAAAUUCUGCUGUGCAUGGAAUGCUGAGAAAUUGAACUAAUUUCUUCUGCUGUUAACUGUGAACUCAUUUCUACUGUCUGGGGCUCGUUCCCGUUGUCCUUUUGUGUUUCCCAUAAUGUGCUCUUUGAUGGUUGAUGCAAUGGAAAUGCUACCUGGCAACAGGUUGUGUAAUCUUCAAUGCCUCUAAAAAUCCAGGGGCUUUAACAUCUGGGAGAUAAGAGACUGUAAAUGAGAAGAUCUGACAGACCCUGGAUUAGCAAUGUCAAGGUGUGUUUCGGCAUGCCGGUGGAGGGGUCGCCAUGUCGAACGCCAAUAAAUUAGCUUAAAAAAUGGCAGAGUGAAAAGCUGGAUGGCAUUUCUCAAGCAGAGAAUUCCACUUGCGCCUCCCGCGAGCUCUGCAUGACGGAAUUACUCUGAGAACAGGCCACCCACGCUUUUAGGGAACAGCCCCCACUUUAUUGUGCCCGUGCCUUUGGUCUUCAAAGGUCACCGUUAAGUGUUCUUUUAAAGAAUCCGAGCGCUCCUCGCCAGGAUCCGUUAACACCGCGCCUCACCGGAGCUCGCCAUUCCCACUGGAAACCGAACGCUCUCCGGGGUGCUUGUUCUUCACGUGAAGGCCCUUAGCUUUUCCAUGUUGUAUCACAUACCCAAAUAUUAAUUUGAUGAGCUGGUAGGUGCCUUGCAUGGUGUGUAUACGAAUGGGUGAAUGAGAGGCAUCAAUUGUACAGCGCUUUGGAUAAAGGCGCUAUAUAAAUGCCAACCAUGUGGGUGUGCCUUAACGUAGUCCGGCAUUAAUUCAUACCGUUUUGCUAUGAAUUUAGUAACGACGAGGCCCGACGAACAGUGUCCGCCAUUUUGUUUCUUUGGCGUUUCCUAUGUUAGGAUUGUGGGUUGAUGGGUAUGGUUUGUAAUGGGUUCCUCUGCAUCACAGCGCCGAGGCAGCGUCCCCAGAUUUAUGCACAGCCUCGUUCACACUCUCCACACACACAAUGCAGCAAACAUCCCUGGGCUGGCAGCGGCUGACCUUUGCUCAGUAAAGUGACAUCUUACAAGAGACAAUAAAACACAGGCUCAGUGUGAGCCUGGCCCCCAGCACUGGCAAACAUGACAGACUCUUACUCUCUGCUUCCAGAGGACUAAUUCUCCAUUUCCCCCAGUGACUGGCAUCACUCAGACAUUCAGUGCAUGCGUGUGCGUUUUUAUGCAACGUAACGCAGAUGCGGAUGGGAGAAUGUUCAUUUAAGCUUUGAAAUGAGAAUAUUGUUAAUGCCGUUGAAAAGGCCAUGUCCACCGGUGUUCUCUGUAGAAGGCAGUCUUGCUUUGAGGCAUUUACUUUGAUAGGCAGCACUUCUUUUUUGAACCUCCACCAAUCUAAUUCACGUGGUCUUUACUUAAAUGCACAUCUGUGAGUCACUUUGGCUAAAAGCGCCUGCCAAUGUAAACCGUAUGAUGCAUUAAAAUGAAUUCACUUGAAA